AUGCCUGGCAGAGUCGCCGCCCGUUCGACGUCUGCAACGACACGCCGGUCAUCAGCACAGCCUUCUGCGUCUGGGCGUGCUGGGUCCGUGACCCCAUCAUUUGCGAUACCUGAAGAACCGACAGAGCCAACAUCAUCCCCCACCUUGCGUCGCGAUGUGUGCUUGCUUUUUGCGGAUGCUCAGCGCUCAGCUACCGGUCAUCGAAAGCUGGUAGUACGUCUGCGAAAACUUCAGGAAUUCUGCUGUGGUAUCUCCCAAAAGAAGAACAACAAGAAAGGAAAAGACCAAGAUCCCGAGGAGGCAUUGAUUCCUGGGGAGGAAACAGAAGCGGAGAAAGAAUUUAAUGUGGAAGUUGGCCGUUGCAUCCUCCGCAUCUUGCCAAUCAAGAAGAGCGAGCCGGUUGGAGAUCGAAUCUUGCGCUUCUUGGGAACAUUCUUGAGCCAUGCUUCCGAGAAAGACAGCGAGAUCUUCGCCUCUAGUGAGGAUGAGGAUCACAAUCCCGACACCCCGACUGCCCGCCUCACUUCUAGCCUGGUUGCAUUGAUGGUGCCCGUCAUGGCCGCCAAGGAUAAGAUGGUGCGCUUUCGCGCAACCCAAAUUACCGCCCACAUUGUGAACUCCCUGGAAUCGAUCGAUGACGAGCUAUACCACACGAUCAGACAAGUCCUUCUGAAGCGUCUUCGCGACAAGGAGGCCUCCGUCAGAGUACAGGCGGUCCUGGGAUUGGGACGAUUGGCUGGAGACGACGGAGAGGACGACGACAAUGCCGCCCUCCUUGAAAAGCUCAUCGACAUCAUGCAAAACGACACUAGCGCCGACGUUCGCAAAACGCUCCUCACAAACCUCCCUCUCGCUCCGGUGACUCUUCCUUAUCUUCUCGAGCGCGCCCGUGAUCUAGAUGCCCCCACCAGACGCGCACUAUACUCACGUCUUCUACCUACGCUGGGCGAUUUCCGCCAUUUGUCUCUGUCGAUGCGAGAGAAGCUCAUGCGAUGGGGCCUACGCGAUCGAGACGAGAGCGUUCGCAAGGCUACGGCCAAAUUGUUCUACGAUAGAUGGGUUGAGGAUUGCGCCGGGACUAACAAUGACCCCAGCACAGGACCGACUGGCCAGCGUUCUGCGCCUGACACUAACGCACUACUUGAACUUCUAGAGAGAAUUGACGUUGUUAACUCUGGGAUGGAAAGUGGAAUUGCACAUGAGGCAAUGCGCGGGUUCUGGGAAGGCCGUGCUGAUUAUCGCGAAGCUGUUGUUUUUGACGAGCCUUUCUGGGAGGGUCUGACGGGCGAGUCCGCAUUUUUGGUCCGGUCCUUCAACGACUUUUGCCGUGUGGAGAAUGAAGGCAAGUACGACAGUCUCGCCGAUGACAAGAUGCCCGAGGUCACCGCCAUGGCGUAUUUCUUGGGUAAAUACAUCACAAAUCUCUUGGAGCGCAAGAAAAUUUCCAAAGAGUCUGGCGAUGGAAAUGACGAUGACGCUGUUGAGCACGAAUUCGUUGUAGAGCAAUUGCUACACAUCGCCAUCACCUUAGACUACAGCGAUGAGGUCGGCCGACGAAAGAUGUUCUCGCUGCUGCGAGAAACUCUGGCUGUACCAGAACUUCCGGAGGAGAGCACUAAGCUGGUCGUCGAAACUCUCCGCUGUGUUUGCGGACCUGACGCUGCAGCCGAAGCCGAAUUCUGCAGUGUUGUGCUUGAGGCUAUCGCUGAAGUCCACGACACCAUCACUACGGAGGAUAGCUUUGUUUCUGCUAGGUCGGAGAUCAGUGAUGACGCUAGCAGGCGAUCCGAAACCCCGGGAGAUGAAGAAGUCACUCCCUUCAAUAAAGAAGAAGCCAAGGCCAAGAUCGUGCGCGAAAUCGUCGUCAAUAUGAAGUGUCUGUAUAUUGCUCAAUGCAUGUUGCAAAAUAUCCAGGGUCACCUACAGCAGAACAUGAACCUGGUUACUAUGCUCAAUAAUCUGGUGGUGCCCGCUGUUCGCAGCCACGAAGCUCCGAUCAGAGAGCGCGGGCUCCUGUGCUUGGGCCUUUGUUGUCUACUUGAUAAGAAUCUGGCUGAGGAGAACAUGACCCUCUUCAUUCACUGCUAUAGCAAGGGCCACGAGGCCCUGCAGGUCACUGCUAUCCAAAUUCUCUGCGAUAUGAUCACCACUCACCCAUCUCUCCUCGCCCCAGUCACCCAGCCCGACGGCGAAACUGUCACGCCGGCCGCCAUGCAAAAGCCCUUGCUCAAGGUGUUCGCUCGAUCUCUACGUGCCAACUCUCCAAAUAGCGUGCAGUCUGAAGCCGCCGCCGCUUUGUGCAAGCUGUUACUCACCAAUACAUUUACUCCCUCUGGGCCAAAUGUCCCACCCGCGAUCCAAGAGCACAACCAGAAUGCCGUUGAAUCGCUGUUGCUAUCCCUUGUCGUCUCUUUCUAUCACCCACGUACUCGUGAAAACCCAGCCCUUCGACAGUCAUUGGCUUAUUUCUUCCCUGUAUACUGCCAUUCCCGUGUCGAAAAUACGCAGCACAUGCGUCGGGUGGCCGUAUCAGUGGUCCGCUCUGUAAUGAAUGCCGCAGAGGAAUAUUACUCCCUUGAGGCCGAGGAAGACAGCGAUGGAGAAAUUGACCCGAGCGUUGGCGAUCGUGAAGUGAAGGCUCUUCUGACCGGUGUCAUUGGAAUGCUUUCUGAGUGGACUGAUGAGCGUCGCGUCGUUGGUCUCGGCGGCGAAAAGGUUCUCGCUGGCGGUGCCGCAAGCUUCAACGUCUGCGGAUGGGUUCACCUCGCUCUAGUCAAAGAUAUCCUCGAGCGUGUCCUUGGGGUCCAUGCAGCGGCGAAUCGUUGCACCCGCGAAGAGCGCAAGCUGCUCUUCUCCCUGCUUAGCAAGCUUUACUUUGCUGCUCCUACAUUGCCUGCACGUGCUAGCUCUCGCGCCCCGGAAGGCGAGGAUCAAUUCCGCAACAGUACCCGCAGCGCUACCAGUGUCGAGAUUGAUCCAGAAAAUGCAGAACUCGCCACCGAGGUCAAGGAGUUGUUGGACCAGACUAUCGAGGAUGGUCUUGCUGCUGAAGCCUCUAGUCGGAACGCCCUCGUGAAGGCUAAGAACGCGGUGCUGAAAAUCUUGGCCGUUGCGCAAGAUGGUCGCGCCGCUAGCGCUCGUCCCCGAGAAGGCACCGAAGAUAUUGACGAUGCAGUUAGUGUUCGCUCUGGCAGUGUCCGCCGCUCCGUGGACCCUACUGGUGGGUGGAGCCGUCGUCAUGUCUCUGUCGAGCCUAGUAUCAUGGAGGAAGAUGAGGGCGAGGGUGAUAGCCGGUUUACCUCGGUCUCGGCCAAUCGUCCCAUUGUCUCGAUUGAACCCAGUAUCAUGGAAGAGGACGAGGAGGAUGACAAUGAUACUAGCCGAGGGACUAUAAUUAAGGAAGAGACGGGUGAUGACUGA